UGGGUCAUCAGGUACCAGAUCGUCUGGAUCGACAGCGGGCAUCGAGUCAACUGGCCUAAUGGAAUCAUCAGGCUGGAUCAGUUCAUCGGGCUGGACAUCAGGCUGAAUGGAGGCAUCAGGCUGAAUGGAGGCAUCAGUCUGGGUAGAGGCAUCAGGCUGGGUAGAGGCAUCAGGCUGAAUGGAGGCAUCAGGCUGGGUAGAGGCAUCAGGCUGGGUAGAGGCAUCAGGCUGAAUUGUGGGCGCCGAGGCACCAGGCUGCACCACGGAAGGCAGGUUCUCAGAUGGGAGGCUGACCGGUUUGGAUACUGGCAGGAUGGUAUUGGUUGGAAAGAACUUUCGCCUUUUCCUGGU